AGCUGGAUUAUACAAUAGUACAAUUUUUGAAAUGUUUCUAUGAUACUGGGGGUUUUUUGCAUUCAAGGGUUAGCCUUUUGGGUUUGGUGAGUCUAGUUUCCUUUUAGUGUAAGUAAACUUUGCUGCUGCCAUAACACCACAGUCUGUGAGUGAUAUCUUUACAUCUUUUACCAAUGUAAAACCGGAUAAGUGAAGGAUGGAUGGAUGAGUAAAUCGAUGGAUAUUGGUGACAAAAUUAACCAUCCUGCAAAACUGAACUAUGUCUCUUACAACCCAAAAGAAUGUGCUACUGUGUAAUAUUCUAACAUAUUGUUUUCACAUUAUGGUACUCCAUACAGGAAACCACUGUAAUGUUUCUGUGUCCCUGCAGCAAAUGGGGAGCAGCAUUAAAGUGGUGGCUUGAAUCAACACCAACAUAAAGUGCAUUGCAAAAAUCUCUUUGAUCUCUUGCCAAAGGCAAAAGAUCAAAGGCUUAACUCUAGAUAGCUGAAAAAAGACAUUUCUCACUACAGCAUUUAUUAGUUUGUUCAACGCUUGUUUUAUAUUAUAUACAUUAGAAUCAUCCCUGUCACACAACACACACACACACACACACUGAGCUUUUUUAUGAGGCAGGCAGUUGCGCUCUGACCUCCUGAAGGAGAAUGCUCGAUUUGUUAGACAAAUAUUCAUGGAAAGUCAAAAGGCUCGACACAUAUGGAGAGAUGCCAUCAAUGCAAAUGGUCUUUCAAAACCAAAGCCAGAACAGCACUAUCUGUGAGGGAAUGUGUCCCGUAACACAUCCCCUCCCAACCAAACGCAUACGCACUACCUUUAACACACACCCUCUGUUCAGUGUAACUUAGUGUUCAUAAGCAAUUUGCUCACUCACUUUGACUGGAAAUCUGAUCGGUGUCUGAUAGACAUGGAGUGUUGUUUGUUAAUUGAAGCAAAGUUAAUGGGUUAACAAUCAUUUUUGUGUAGAGUGCAGCAAAGGAUCUUCCCUUCCACAAGCCAAAUAACAGAACUGAAAAUACUUUGUGAUUUCAUCAAGUUGAGUAGAAUCACAGUGAUGAAAAUGUAUUCCAAGGUUUUCAUUUUUCUGACCGGAGCUGUGUACAUCUACUACCAGGUCCUUGCACAAGAUAUCUACAGCGCUGAGAUAAUGGUGGAGAGUAAUGUCACACUGGAUGCCCAAACUGUCCUGUCAGCUAUCAAUUCAACAAGCCUCUCACUGAGCAAACAAACAGUACAAAUCAUAAACACUGAACUGGUAGCAGAAUGCCUCAUUGUUGGAACUGACACGAACUGCAACUGCUCUACAAAUUAUCUUUGGAGCAAUGAAGUGUGCUACAACUACAGCUGCUGCGGGGAUGCUACUUGCAAACAAAAUGUAUCCUACAUCACACCCCUCUGUUCUCCUAAAGUUCAAGUUUUCAUCAAUGGAUCAGUACAGACUGCAGCAUGGGAUUCAACCAAGACCACAACGCUUCAAAACCAAUUUCAAAACCUGAAUGCUAUUCAGUAUGUGAACGUUACUGGUCCAAGAACCAUCUCCACAUCCUCAUCGCUGCAGUAUGUUGACUUUCAGGUAGCUGUCAGUGUCAGAGUGCUGACUAGUAAACUUCAAGACAUAGUCAAUAAUCUUACAAGUCUGCUUACACCUACAGCUAUAUUUGUGGACACUUUAGGAAUGGUCAUUGUAGAGGCCCCAGGGACUCAAGUUUGCUAUCUGUCCACGCCACAACUUGCAUGCAAACUUGAGGAGGCCACAGACAGCGCAGGCUGGAAUCUAACCACAGGGAAUCAGCGCUUUGAGCUCAACGACGGCAGUGUGGUCCAGCUGAAUAAGAUCUGUAGCACAAAUACCUUCCAAUCUUGUAUUGGUGUUACCCUCAACAAGGUGACAGGCACUUGGGAAGGCACAUAUGAGUGUGGAUUUACCAUUGGGUCAAUCAGGCACAUAGGCAGGACUUAUCUGAGUGUGGCCCUCCUACCUGAUACAAUUACCCUGAGUAGCAUGCCUCUUACUGUGGACUGUUCAGAAAAUCAGGAAAGUGUAAGCAUUACCGUCAGUGCCAUAAUCCCAGCAAGCAAUACAACCUAUGCCAUUUCGUGGGGCUACAAUGGUAAUGUGUCUCCUGAUGUAAAAAUGACAACUUCAAGCAGUUACGUCAACUACACAUUCAAUCCUGCCAUCCUCUGCAAACAAACGAUUGAACCAUAUGUUAAUAUCAGUUUUAAGAAUGUAAUCGGUCAAAUUAAAAGUGCACAAUUGAACAUCCCAGUUAUCUAUGCUGGGAAGCCAUUUUGUAAAGAGGAGCUACUGGAUAAAGAUACAUGGCCAAAAACCCCAGCUGGAGACACAGUGAUUAUUCGAACAUGCCCAGCAGGCACGGUUGGCUAUAAGUCCCGACCUUGUAACGGCCCAGCCUGGCAGGCAGUGUUCUCAAGCUGCGUCAGUGAACAAUUGAACAAAAUUUCAAAUGCAGCUGAAGCCUUCCUGAAGGGACUAGGGGCCACCACGGAGGUGGCCAAGAAUAUAUUUGAAGGGCUAAAGAACAGCUCGACAUUAAGUUCUGGAUCUGGUGAAAGUAUUGCUGACAUUAGCGCCUCCAUCGGUGUUCUAAAUAUGAUGGCCGACGCAUCAAACACAACUGUGUUGGGAGAGGAUAUCUUUCCUGAUUUUGUUAGUGCAGCAAGCAAUAUGUUGAAUGGCACCUGGAGUGGGGUAAAUGACACAAUUCGUUAUAAAAUGUCAUCAAACUACCUAGAGUCUGUGGAAGGUCUAGUGAAGAACAUUAAGGUCAACCAGAGCGACGGAAUCAACAGUACAAAUCUAGACCUUACAUUCUGUCGAAGUAAUGACUGUGAUGUGUCUGUGUUUGACAUUGGUGUGAAUAUGAACAAGACCAAUGGAAUACUGAAAACUGUAGCUGUGAAAAAUCUAAUGAGUAAAUUAAAUAACAGCUUUAAUGGCAUACAACCUGAACGUACCGACCUCAUAUUAUCAGCCACACUGGACAAUAAUAGUGAUUCAACUAUACAAAUUAGACUGGACUUCCCCAGUGGGAAAACCAACCCCACUCAACCUCACUGUGUCUUCUGGAACACCACAAGGAAUCAAUGGUCAGAUGAAGGAUGCAAUAUCAGCAUUUCUGAUGAAAACCACACAAUAUGUGAGUGCAACCACCUAACUGCAUUCUCUGUCCUAAUGUCCAAGGGUGAUGGAGGAAAACAAGAUCCUAUCCUUGAACUUAUUUCAAAUAUUGGCCUUGGUGUGUCCAUUUGCUCCUUGGUGAUCUUUCUCAUCAUUGAAUCUCUGGUGUGGUCAGCUGUGGUCAAGACUAACCUUUCUCAUUUUCGGCACACAGCUAUAGUGAACAUUGCCACGUUCCUCUUGCUUGCAGAUUGCAGUUUCUUGGCUUCUAGCAAUCCCAAGACUUUAACUGACAGCUGGUGUCUAGUACUGACCAUAUGCAAACACCUCUUUUUCUUGGCUAUGUUCUGCUGGAUGCUGUGCCUGAGCAUCAUGCUUGUCCACCAGCUCAUCUUUGUCUUCAGCCCACUGAGGAAAAGAGUUUUCAUGUUCCUCUCCAGCAUUUUAGGCUAUGUUUGCCCAAUCCUAAUGGUGGGAUCCAGCUAUGUGUACUGCAAAUACACCAACCAGGACUACUACGACAGCAAAACAUGCUGGCUAGUUUAUGUAAAACUCUUGGUUGGCUCCAUGCAUGCUUUUCUCCUGCCUGUGGGAACCAUUGUUUUGGCAAAUCUCUUUUCCAUGAUUGUUGUCAUCGUUACACUGAUGAAGACCUCAGUCCCUGACAGCAGCAAGGCCGAUGACAAGGAAACGGCAAAAGGCAUCCUCAAAGUGGUGAUUGUUCUAACACCUGUCUUUGGAGUGACAUGGAUUGUUGGCUUCAUGCAACUCAUCAUGUCUGAUAGCCCCAUCUAUAACGUUAUCACCUACAUUUUCACCAUCCUUAAUACCUUCCAGGGUUUUUUUAUUUUGAUCACAGGGUGUUUUGCAGAGCAGAAGGUCAGAGAGGAACUGUUCAAGCUCAUAACUGGAAAAUCAAAAGGAAAUGACAGCACAAAGAAAUUCACUUCAACUACGUACACAAAAGACCACUGAAGAUGUAGACUGUGAAUCCUGAACUAACAACUCGCCUGUCCAACUACCCCUCUACAGGAGAAUACAGUUAGCAUUAAGUUAGUAUGUAGUUCAUUGACAUUUACAGUGCGUUGUUUAAGGAGAUUUAACUAAAUGUUGUUUAUAAUCAUAUCAUUAUCUAUAGUUAUAUGUAGUUUUCCUAAAAAGCAAUAGAACCCCUGUCUAGUUAUUAUUUAUGACCAAUUAGAAGUGCAUGACAGUGUCUUUAUCUCCAGAGACCCUGCCUUUCUUAUUUAUUCUUAUUUUGCCAUGUAACUGAUGUUUCUUGACUGUAACACAUAUACAGGACAAUAACAGCAAACAGGACGAAGAAUGCACUUCAGCUGCAUUGACAGAUAGUGUAAAACAUGGCUGUACCUGCCAGAUGUAAAAGUGAGGCUUGUCUUAUACUUUUGUUUGCAGUCAUUACUAAAUGCCGUCCUUGACAUAAAUGACAGCCUGAAUGGCAAGGGUUAGGGUUUUAGUGACUCGUUUCCAGUCAUCUUGGAAAUCUAGGUCAUUCUUCUUGCCAGAAAAGAGAAUUUCCCACGAUAUCUACAUCAACACAAGUUUCAUGGUCAGUUCUACCCUUCACUCUUCACAUCAGGUUUCAAAACACCAAAAUGCCACUCAAAAGAAUUAUCUUAAAGCUUCAAAUGAGAUUUCAGGAACCAGCGGGUAACAUUGAACAUCUUUUAUACUGUCUUUGGCUGAAGUGAAUCUGGUAGUGAGUUUGAAAAUUGUGUUUGCUAGCAAUAACCAAAAAAUGUAGCAUACUAUACCUUUAAAUAGAGCAUUGUUGUCAAUGAUUAGCGCUAAGGUUCCGAUGAUAUUUGUACAUGACACAUAGUACUUCUAGCUAUUCUUCUUGCUAUUAUUAUUAGCUAAGGUUGGUAGAUUUUGUCAGUUAUCUUUGUAGAUGCAAAAAUCAUUUGUUUUCUUCCAUUCCAAGUAAAAUUAAAGAUAACUAACUGUGUACAUCUUCGACUUAACUGGAUUUUGGAUAUUAAGUAGACCAAGAGUGCAAGUGCUCACUGUGCAUAGAACAAAGUAAAUGCUUUAACAAGUCCGGACUUGUUUAAUGGUUGUAUUUAAGAUGAAUUACUGUAUAUUUAAAUUUAUGUUUGGCGUGAACUAUAACCUGUAUACUAUCCCUGUGUGGCCACUGUAUGUAUCUGAAAUCUGUUCAAAUAAAAAUAAAUAACAUUCUUUUUUUGUUGUGAAA